AUGGAAGAGGCUUUAGAGCUAAUCUACUCGAAUUCUGAUGACUUUCAAGUCCUAUCCUUUUUAAAGGUUCAAAGCUCCUCUUUGCAAGGCCAAGAUCACUUGUUACUCAAUAUUUUUCAUCAUCUUGUCUUGGCUAAAAGAUCACAUCUAAUUAUGGGCUUAUUCGCUUUUGAUACUUCAAUUUUAGCCCAACAGGAUUUAUGUGGAAAAACAGUGCUGCACUUUUUAGCAGAAAAAAGAGAUUAUAGAAAUUUAGAAGCAAUUUUGAAAAUGAAUCCUCGCCUCGGAUCAAUUAAAGACUCUUCACAAAGGACUGUUUGGCAUACACUGCUUAUAAAGCCUGAUUUAUUGGAAAUAUUCAAGUUAAUGGAAUAUUGCUCUAGUAAUGACUUUUAUUACGAGGAUUAUUUAGAUUUGACUGUAGAAGACUUUUGAAACAUCUAUUAUAAAGAUUUCCAAGCAUUAAUAUGAGAAAAAGCGUUGGAUGAGGACUUUGAUUUACUAAAAAAAGCAAGAAAAUGAACAAAGAAAAAGCUCAGUAAAGAUAUAAAUACGAUGGAAGAUAUAGGGCUUACACUUUUAAAAGAGUUUUCAAUAAAGGCAAAACUCUCGAAAUUAAAACAAUAUUUGUCGAUUACUCCAAAAAAUUUAAAUUAUAGAGAUUUUAAAGGAAAAUCUGCUAUAAUGUACAUUCUUGAAUCUGACUUGAUAGAUAUAGAAGAUAGGAUUGACUUAUUUUUAGGGUAUGAAAACUCGGUCGACCUUUUUGAUAACGAAGCGAAAACACCUAUUCAUUACUUAUUAAGAAAUAAAAAUAUUGAAACGCAAGCUAAAGUCAGAAUCUUGAGGAAGUUUCGCGAUUAUAAUCAAGAUAUGUUAAAAAAUAUGAUAUCAGCUGUAGAUGUCUGGGGAGAAAAUGCUUUUUCUUUAGCUGCAAAUGAAGAAAGCAAUGAUUGCUUGCAAACUUUACUUUAUUUAUAUGGCGAAACUAUCGGAUUAUACUCAAUCACAAAACAACUUCCUUCAUAUUUCAUCUCAACUAAUAAUAGUUGGCCUUAUUACUUUAAAACUCAAGACAAAGAAACAUUUAAAAACUUCAAAUGGAAAUACCCUGUUAUAAUUAAAAUAUGGCGUCUUCGUCUGGCUAUGGCCUUCCGGCCAUACAUACUCGACUCAUAUUUUAAUUAUAUCCGGCAAGGUUUUGCCAUUCAGGAAAUGGACAACAAUGCCAUGGUAAGCAAUUCUGCAGAGCAGAGCCUGGCCCAUGUCCAACGACCAGAAUGGAUUUUACCCUCGAGAGGAAAGGGUGUCUAGGUUUGGAAAGGGUAAGUUCAGCAGAGUCUACAGGCAAUGUCUAGACCAUUCGGGCAACUACCUAGCGUGAAACUGGGCGUUACGUCCCAGGACUUGGAAUUUCCCUUUUUCCCGAAAGGUGGCCAGAAAUUCCAUUUUUUGGAAUUUCGGAAAGCCAACUCCCGUCAACUCAAGCAACAAGCCGCAGAAGUCCAUAGCCCGCCCACUCAACACACUUAAGCCGCUAUACGCGGGAAGGAGUAGACGUGUGUCCUCUUGGCAGUCUUUAUGGCUGUUAGGACUGCGCCGCAAAGCAGGUGAACCCCUAGGGGUCCGUGGUGACUGCGUAAUCAUAACGGCAGACGCCUUCUAAUGUUAAUUAAGAUUAAGAUUAAGGAAAUACCCUGUUAGCCCUCUUGAAAUAGCGAUAGAGCAAAAAUCACCUGAGAUGCUAGGCUUUUUAAUUGCAAAUGGGUUCAAUGCUAAUUCAUUUACAAACUCAGGCAAAUCAAUACUUGAAGCAGCUAUUUUAGUAAAUGAUAUAGAAAUAAUCAAAACGCUCACAAAAAACAAUAGACUUCAUUUUUAUUAUACUGAAGCAAGUGACAAAAAAGGCAAAAAUACUCAUAACUCAUACGAAGAAGCAUCUCUUAAUUAUGAGAAAAUUGAUUUUAGUCUUUUUGCUGUUUCUUCUUUUACAAAGCCUCAAAUUAUUGUGAUUUUACUUGAGCAUUUUUUAAUGCAAUUAGGAAGUGAAGAAAUGCUUAUACCCUCUGUGAGCGAGCACAAAAUUUUGGUUGUCCACAGAGAGGGUUAAUUUUAGUUUCUAAAAAAAUUUAUAUAUAAGUUUAUAGUAAUUUUUUUUUAAAUUUAAAAAAAAUCCCAAUUCGCAAAAAUUGGAAAGAAAAUAUUAAUUAAUUUGUAAAAUUUAUGUUUUAAAAUGAAACUUGUUUAAAAAUUAGUUAGAUGUAGCAAGAGAUUUCAAUUUUUCUAGCUAUCACUUAUAUAUAUAAAAAAAUUUUUAUUUAUAAAAAAUUGUUUGUUCGCUAACGGAGGGUGGGUGGGCUUUUGAGCAAAAAAUAGGGACUUUUUAAUGGUUUUGUUCACUCGCAGGGGGGAAGUUACUAGAUCUUUUAUUAGAAAUCAUUCAGCGAAAUCCCUUUGAAAUAUAAACAAAACUAGCUUUACGAAAUUGCUUGUAAAGAAAAAUGCGAUUGAACAAGUUCGGGCGUUUUUGGAGUUUUUAAUUAAUAAUAUUGGUCUCUCUCAUUCUUUGAAAAUCUUUAUCGAAGUUUACUGCUAUACGAUUUAUUUUGGGAAAAAUGAAAUUUUUAAUAUGAUGGGAGAAUUAUUAGAGAAAAAUAGUAUAUCAAUAGACUUAACUCAUGAAAUCAGAGAGUUAGAAUGAUUUAAUGAAUUUUUAUAUAAAAUUGUUAAGAAAAAGCACAUGACCUAUUAUGCUACAGACAGUUCUGACUACAAAGAUUAUUUUUCUCACUUUUACCUUUCAUAUACCUUUUUAUCAAAUAAUCCUAGUAUUGAAAUCUCAAAAAAAUUAAUAAAAUCAGAAUCAAUUUUUACUGAAAUAGAAACAGAAGAAACCACAUUUCUUUCGAGAACACACCUUUUAUUGGCUGGGAAAUUGGAAUGGCUUAAAAGAUUUAAAAAAAAUAUUUCAGUUCACAAGUCUUUUGAAGUAAUUUUAAUUGAGCUCAUAAAAUGCUCUUAUCAGUAUCAUGCAGAGGAAUCAAAUAACUUUAACUUGUGCAGUCUACUAGAUCUGUCAGUAGAAUUGAAUUACAAAGAAUUAUUUAGGACUGUUAUAGCUGAAUACGAUAAUAGACUCUAUAUUAAUAGUCACAAACCUAACUUUAUGCAGAGAAAAAAGUGGUUUAUAUUCCUUAUUAACUCAGAACUGUUUGACAUUUUACCAAAGCUCUUACUCCCCCCCCCCCCGUGAGUGAACAAAAAAAUUUUGUUCACUCACGGAGGGGGGUUCAUUUUUUUUUUUAAAAAAAAUUUAUAUAUACAUUUUAUAGAAAAAAUUUUUUUUCGAAAUUUUAAAAAAAUCCUAAUUUAUAAAAUUUAUGUUUUAAAACGCAAUUUGUUUAAAAUUAAACAGAAUUAGCUCUAGAUUUCAUUAUAAUAAUUAUCACUUAUAUAUCAAUUUUUUUUCAUAAAAAAUUUUUGUUCACUAAUGGAGGAUGGGUUUUUGGGGCAAAAAAUAGGGAUUUUUCUAAUGGUUUUGUUCACUCACGGAGGGGGGGAGUUAGAAUUGAUAGUUAUUUAUAAAGAAUUUAGUAUAGCUGAAGACGAAUUUAAUCAAUACCUACUUCAGCACCUCACUAAAGGUAAAAGCAAAGUCUUUAUUGAUAUUUUAAGGCGAAUUUCUUUAGAGAAUUUGCAUUUCAGUGUUAAAAAACUCUUAACUUAUCAAUUUUUUUUAAAAAGAAAUGAUAAAAGCGCAUAUGAUGAAAUGAAGCCUCUAAUCUGUGCAACAAAAAAUGCUAUUAUUAAAAAAAGGCCAUUAGCUUAUUACCUCUGCGAAAAUGACAAUUUUCUUCAAUUAAUUAAAGAGAUAUUAGAUUAUCAGCCACAGUGGUUACUUUGAACAGACAAAUCAAAAAAUUUGUUAACGCGGGCAUGCAAAUAUGGGCAGCUAAAAAUAAUAAAGCUUAUGAUUGCUUAUGAAAUUCCAAUACCAACAGAAGUAUUUGCAAAAAUCAUUUGCGCUGUUUCUUUAUUGGGCUAUAAAUUACAUGAUCCCUUUAAAAUGCAAAUUUGGAAUCAGCUUACUGAAGAAAAUCUGAAAAGAGAAGCUGUUAUAACAUUAUUGAUAAAUUAUUAUACCACAACGACAGAUAACCCAAAUUCAUCAUCUCAGUAUUAUAAUGAAUCAGCAUACAGCAAUCCCAUGAUUGCAGCUUCAUCUUCUCAAUCAGAACAAACUAUUAUGAGUAUGCUUGAAAAAUGCUUUAUUCCUGAGAUCUUAGGCAAAACCUAUAAAAUUAAAAAUUUAAACAUGAAAAACGCAUCUUCUCAAAUUGGACAGAACAACUUAGAAUUUUUUGAUAAAUAUCCAUUAAAAGAGUGCCUACUUCAUAACCAAGAGGAAAAUGUGGCAUUAGUUCUUAUUAAGUAUUUACCCAAAGACAUUUUAAGUUCGGAUUUGUAUCAAGAAUGCAUAUUAUUAGCCAGCAAAAGAAAAUGGUGGAAAGUGCUAGAAAAAUUAAUGGAAACGAUAAACCCAACAAAUAAAUCUUUAGGAUUAAUCGCUGAGCAACUAGUGAAAGAAAAUCAAUUAAACUUAUUAGAAAAACUUGUUAGUUUGGCUGUUGAAUCAAGAAUAGGGAUUAAUAGAGCAUUUUAUACCGCUAUUGCUGAAAAAAACAUGGCGGCUAUUAAGAUUUUUGCUUCAAAUUUAAAUACUUUUUGAAUCAGCUUUGGUCUUGAUGUCAUGACCAGUUUUAAAUUUUCGCCUGAUUUAAGAAAAGAGCUGACCCCUUUAAUAAAAAUGCUUGGUGAAAGCAACCCUUUGAAAUUAGCCACAGCUUUAUGCAAUUGCAAUUUGGUGAAAGAGAUUCUCUCAACCCCAAAUAAUCACAAUUUAAUUAUAUGUAGCAAUAAUAGAGAAGUAAAAAAAUACAGUAAAUCAGAAAAGGAAGAGAUGAGAAGUGAUGACUAUAAAAUAACUCCAUUAGAAAUAGCUGCUCUAAACGGAUUCUGGCAACUUUUAGAGCUUUAUCUAGAUAACUUGCCUUCUCAAAUAGAAAACAUAAAAGAUAUAAUUUCAUCGGCAAUUCUUUAUGCAAUAAUUGGGGAAUCUGUACUUUUUAAUGACAGAUAUAGUUUGUUUCGCUUUUUUCCGUACGAAUAAGGAAAAUCUUCCUUUGAGGAUGAGUUGAGGCUUUAGAUGGUUUUUAUGCCUUAAAUUUCUUAAUGGGAAAGGUCUUUUGCUUAUCCUUUAAUUUAAUUUUAGAGCAUUUUUAAGCUAAUUAAAGUGUUUAAUAUAUAUGCACUAAUGGAUUCAUGACAGCAAUAUUUGGAUUGGCUGACAGCAUCAAAGAGUGGAUUUAAGUGCUAGCCCACUAAGCCAAAUAAUGCACCACCAUAUUUUGACCUAUAUUUCUUACUGUAAUUUGGUUUAUUGAUUCCAUUUUUUGCCACAUUUUUAGCAGACAUAAAUUUUUGAUAUGUCUAAAUAAUUUCAAAAAACAGCAUAGCUAUCACGAUCAAACAAUCUAAUUUAAAAUUUUCAUUUUCAUGCAACUAUUUAACUGAAUCUAUAAUUUAUCUAUUAAUAAAAUGCUUAGGCUCUUCUUUGUAAGAUAAAAUUCUAAAAUAUGAAUUCAAGACUUAUUUCAGAACAAAUCUAAUUAAUUUUUAGAGAUAUGAAAGUGGGUGAUGCCUUCAAGCUGUAGCGUAUGCUUAAGAUAUUAAAGAAUGUUUAUAAAGAGCUCGAAGUAGUGCUAUUACUAGCAUGCUUAGAGUAAGAGGAGCAAAAUUCAUGGAAAAUUUAAAAUUUUAUAAUAUCUAUCAUAAUAUCCAUCUUUAUUGGAAAAUUAAUAAUCAUUGAAGAAGAUUAUAGACUUAAGUCUUUCCAAGAAAAUUAAAGCAUAUUUAAUAGUAUGCUUAAAGUUAAAUUCUAUAUAAUUUCCAUCUUUAUUGGAAAAUUUAACAUCUUUAUAGAGAUAAAUUUUCAUUGUUAAAAAAAUAGUUUAUAAGCAGAAAAGUUUGAUGCCUUUAAUGAGUAGUAGAUGAGCUUUGAAGAGCAAGCUUUUGUUGAAGAUAGCAGAGAAAACUUAUAAAGAACUUGGAGUAUAAUAAUCUUCUAUUGAUAUGAAAUCGUCAUUAUGGAGAAGUUUCAUAAGAACUUAUUCAUUCAUUUAUUCAUUAAAAAGUAAUAAUUCUUUUUUCAAUUAAAAUCAGAUAUCAAAAAUUUAUUUUUAUGAAAUGUGCAAAAAAUAAUAAUAGGUCAAAAUAUUUUGGGAAUGAUCUUAGCGGGCUAGCACUUAAAUUCACUCUUUGAUGCUCUUAACCAAUCCUAAUAUUGCUGUCAUGAAUCCAUUAAUGCAUAUAUAUUAAACACUUUAAUUAGCUUAAAAAUGCUCUAAAAUUAAAUUAAAGGAUAAGCAAAAGACCUUUCCCAUUAAGAAAUUUAAGGCAUAAAAAAACCAUCUAAAACCUCAACUCAUCCUCAAAGGAAGAUUUUCCUUAUUAGUACGAAAAAAAGCGAAGCAAGCUAUACAUCCAAUUGCCUAAUUAUAUCCCUAAACAAAUAUCAUCUGCACCUCUAAUAUCUCGCUACAUUUGUAGUCCUUCCAAAUGAUCAUGUUCUGAGGAUUUUAUAUUUCCAAAUUCUCAGCAAGAUUAUAAUCAAGUCUUACAGAUUUUAUUGAAUUCUGAGCGUGAUAUAGAACCGGAAUUUGAUUCACUUAUUAUUGCUUCAUUUUAUGGUCAAUCUUGGUUUAUGGAUUACAUAAAGGGACACUUGUGUCAGUCAUCUGAAGAUUUGCUGAACAUUUUUACAGCUUCAAUAAAUGGUUAUACAUGUUAAAAGAUCUAAAUAAUUUUAAAAUUGCUGAUAAAUUAUAAGAAGUCUAUUUCCUAAAUAAAAUAACUAUAUUUUAAUAGAAUUUAUUCAAUUAAUACGUCCAACUUUUUGAAAAGAUAUAUAUUUAUAGAUUCGCUCCAAAUUUCUAUUCAUUUUAUGGAAGCUCUUGUAGCAAGUUUUUAUUUAAAUUAGGAUCAAAUUAUAACUCGCCAGAAGAAAGAAAAACCCAUAAACAGUCAUGGAAUGAGUUUUUGGUAUUUUUAUCAGAAAAUUUAUCAAUCAUGGACAUAGAAAACACCCACCAGAAUAAAAUGAAAUUUUUGCAUAUUUUUUAUAUAUGUCUGCAUUAUCAUUUAUUAGAUGUCGCUGUUCCUCUAUUUCAGUUAGUAAAUAAAUUAGAAGUUGAGCCAAGCAUUUUUGGAGGAAUUUUGAUAACUGCAGCUAGAAUUGGAGAUAUAAAAGGACUUAACAAAUUAUUAGACAUGGGCGCCAACCCUGAUUGGUGCCAAGCUUUGCCACCAUGGGAGCUUGUGCCUCGAUAUGAUGCAAAUGAGCUAAGUUCUUAUAAAGAGCAUGAAGAUUUAGGCCCUUGGAGCGACUCUGAUUCUUCAUCAGUAAAGAAUGAAGAAGCUCCCCGGUCAAAUUUUACAGCAACGUUGCCUACAGCUUUGCAUUGGGCUGCUGAAAGAAGUGAUGAGAAAAUGAUAGAUCUAUUAUUACAGCAUAAAGCAAGAAUAAAUAUCCAAGUUAGGCUAUCAUUAUUAAAGCCUUAUUUAGGGAAAAAGCAAUUAAGAGUAUUAUUAGUAACUCCACUCGAUGUAGCAUGCUUAAGAGGAAAUUGAGAAAUUAUAAGCAAAUUAGGUGAAGUCAAUGAAGAAAAUUUAAUUCUUGUUUUCAUGUCAGGAAAAAUUGAUUCUUUUAUUAAAGGGAUUUCUAACAUAAAAAAUUUAGAGGAGUACGUUAAAAGCAAAAAAUUGCUGAAUAAGGCUUGUAGACAUGGAUUCAGAGAAAUUGCUGAAUAUUUGCUUCAAUUUUACAGAGGAAAUGAAAUUGUAGAAAGCGUAAAGAGAAAAGGAUUAGGGAUAUUGCAUUAUUGUGCUAUCAAUGGGAAUGAGCAGUUAAUUAGAAAAAUCAUAGAUAAGAUUCCUGAAGAGCUUCAGAAAGAGCUAUUUGAUGCUAAAACAGCCUAUGGAUUUACACCUUACCUCUUAUCAAAAUAUGUAAGCAAAACUCCAAUGAAUUUUAUAUUCAGCAAUGGACUUACUGAUAUUUCAUCCUACCUAUUGCUUCAGCACUCCUUUUGUACUUCUUUUUUCAGUUGCCCAAAGUACCCCUCACUAGCCCCUCAUUACCAUUAUGAAUCCCCUCCUGCGUGGAAAAAAAUUCCUUUAAUUUUUGGAUUAUCAAAAGCUAUAGGCUCUAAAAAUAUUCCAUUAUUAUAUUGUACUUUGAAGGACAAUUUACUUAUUAAAGAUAUUAUCAAAUAUCAUGAAAAAAGCACUUCAGAAGAAGGAAAAAUAAUUGAUAACUUGUAUAAAGAAGCGAUUAAAUCCAAUAAUUUGUGAGGAAUGCAGAUUUUAAGGGCUUGUGGGCUAAUGCCUUCUAAAAAAGUGAUGAUUUUUGCUGCAGAACAAGGUAGAGAUGAUGUGGUUUUAUUUUUGUUUGAAUAUUUUGGGAUCAGUGAUUCACCUUUUAGUAAACUUGAGCAAGAAGGAAAAAUUAAAGGUUUUGACCAUGGCUUAUUAAAUGAUCUUAUAGCAUUGCAUAAGCCAGAAUCUAUAAAACAAACAAUUAAAGACACAUUUUUUAGAAAAAUAGCUGAACCAGCAUGCCGCACAGGCUGUAGAUACACCAUUGAGCUGAUUUUAUCUAUAAACCCACUAGCUUUUGAUAUUAAAGCAUUAGAAUCAAUUUUCGGGUAUAACUAUUUUGAUCUUGGUGUACUAAUUUUACUUUAUUUUGUUCAAAAUUCUAUGAUAAAUUCUGAACAAAUUGAAGAGCAACUAAAAUCAAUAGGCUCGAUGAUAAGUGAAAUUAAAUUGCAGGCUUUACUAUUAGAACUUGUCCAGAGAGGGAUUAUUAGUGAAAAUAAUUGGAAUUUAAUUUUGUCACAUUAUGAUUUCAGAAAAGAUUUUGAUGAAGAUACAAGGUUCCUAUGAAGAGAUAAGCUGUUUUUCCACACUGCAGCUGCAGAUUUAUUGAGAAAUGAGGUUAAUAAAAUCAUAAGUGAGUCAUCACUUGUGUUUUUGAAGAAAAAAAAGGAGAAGAGUUAAGUUAAGUUGCUAUUCAGCCAUAAGCGGAUAUCACUAACCUAUUAGCUGGCGUUGAAUCACACCUAGCCUAAGGACUAAAUCUCAAUAUUAGAGUUGCCUAGUGGAAGGAAAACCUGUCUAGCCCACCAGAAAAACUUCUGUGAGAAAUAGAAAAAGGAGAAGAGGAAUUAGAGAAAUAUAUCCCUUACUUAAAAUCAUAUAUAUCUUAUCAAAAAAGCAGUGAAAAUGAGCUGAUUAUUUAUGAUAAAAAAUGAAUUUCAAUAGAAAUUGAUCAAGCACUGAUGUCUGAAUUAGUUGGUAUAAAAAAAGGAUGGCAGAAAAUAUUAUGCCUAGUGCAGAUGUUCAGCUCCUCAGGACUCUUUUCAUUACUUGAUACAAAAUGGGUUCCAAAUAAGCAUAAAGUAAAUUACUUGCUAUCAAGCAAGGAAGAACCCAGCUAUGAAAUCAUUCCUGAUAAGGAGAUCAAUAUAAAAGGAAAAAUAGAAAUAAUUGAUAAAAACAUCGAAAACUCUUCUAUAUUUUCGUCAGUGCAAAAAAGCUUGCAGGUCACUAUUGAAAAGCCAAUAAUCAUCAGUAAAAAUUAUCUCCAAGCAGCAGUAAAAAGAUAUAUUGGUUUAUAUAAUUAAUAUUAUUUUUCUUGGCAUAUCAACAAAUUCGCUUUUAUAAAUUGGCUUAUCAAACAAGAAUAUUUACUCAUAAACGUAUACUUAAAAUUUUUUAAUAAAUAUUACCUUAAAGGCAAGGCAAAAUUGAGAAUGAUUUAUGAUAGCAUUCCUCAGGAGCACUAUGAAACAAUAAUUGAACAAUUUAAGUUGAUAAAGAAAGUGUAUAAAACAAAGAAUCGUAAAAUUAUUGAUGAAAUUUUUAUAGGAAAAGCAUGUGGAGCAUUGAAUUUAUUAAUGGCAAUUAGAAUGAUAUUUAUAGAAGAACACACUUACUAUAAGCAUUUCCGCUUUGAAAAACCUCGAGAGCCAGAAGCUCCUAGACAAGAGCCAGAACCGCCUGUAUUUACAAGAAGUGUGAGUGGCGUUUUAAGACCAACAGUUGGCAAUGAAGAUCCGCCACAAGAAAUCACUGAUACUUUUAACAAAGUAAAUUUAAGCUAUGUCAAUCUUGCAAUUAGAUAUGUCGAACCUGAGAACUAUGAAGAUUCUUCUUUUGAUUCUGACGAAUGAAAGUUCACUAUUAACAAAGGAGACGCUAUAUACAGCUUACUAUCAUUUCGAUGAGAUAAUAAUAAUUUUUCGCACUCUCACAUUAAAAUUAUUUUUUUUAAUUAAAAAUUAAUAAAUCUUGCUAUUAGAAUAUAAGUAUUUAUAUAAAUAAAAUCGGCUAGAAAUUUCCUUAUAAUGAGCAUCACUUUUGCAUCAAAAUAAUUUUAUAAAACAAUUUUUUUCUCACAAGAUGAAAAGGGUUAAUUCCUAAAAAAGUCAAAUUUUCCAGUAGUUUUGCUCUCUAGCUGAGGGAAGAGAGUUAGCAAAUGUGUCAAUCUAUAAUGAGCUUAAGCUAAAAGUGAUUACUCAUAGGCUAUUUUGGUUCUGGGAAAAAGAUAUGAUUAAUCUUGCUCGCCAAAUAGAAUUUGAGCUCCUAACACUUUAUAAUGAGAUUGGCUUGGCAGUUUCCAAUAGCUUUACUAAUGAAAAAUGUUCUCAUCCUUUAAAUGUCAUAGAGGAAUUCUUUGAAACAGAAGAUUUAAAAACUUGGUUUGGAAAUAUGCUGAUAGCUUUAACGAAACAUAAAAAAUUAGUACUAGAAGCUAAAGGAAUUUAUAUUGAUUUCAAUGUUAAAGAAGCAAAUUUUAAUACAAAAACUGAAAAUAUAGAUGAUAUUGUCAAUAUUUACGAUUUAACCUUUGACUUUAAGUACGGAUAUAUUCUAGUAACAAUUUGGGUAUAUAGGAAAAAUCCUUUAUUAGAAAUAGAAUCCAAUAACUCCCCUUACCUUCAUGAGCGAACAAAAUCAUUAGGAUAAUCCUUUUUUGUUGUUGUAAAAACUACUCUUCGUGAGUGAAAAAUUUUUUCAUAUAAUUUUUUUUAUGAGCAAAUACUUUAAAAUAUAUAAAUGAUGACUAUUAUAAUGAAAUCGCAAGCUAAUUUUUUGAAUUUAAAACAGCCAGCCUGCAUUUUAAAAGUUAAAUUUUACAAAAUUGAAUUAAUUUUCACUUGCAUUCUUUUUGAGUUAGGAAUUUUUUAAAUUUCGAAAAAAAAUUACAAAUUUAUUAAAUUUAAAACCAUUUUUUGUUCGCUCACGUAGAAGUGGGAGAGUAAGGAUUUUCCUAUUAAGUCUGUAGAUGAAAUUAGCUGAAAUUUCUUAACAAAAAUGCUGACUCCUCCACAAAUAAUGGAAGAAAUUUUGCAAAUCACUGAGUUUACUUUGAAAUUAAACGAAUUCCCAGUAUCAGAAAGUAUUGGUUCAAAAGUCACUUUUUAUUUUGAUAAGCAGUCUCUAUAUGAUGCAGUCUCUAAAAACUUUGAAAUCUUAUUUAGUGAUUGCUGUUCAUUUUCUGAAAAGCUUGUUAAUAUAAAAAAGUUAGAAUACAUUGCAAAGCAGCUUCAAUCAAGAACUCUCUGGGACAAUAUAACAAUCUCUCUUUCUCAAAGCACGUGGGAUGAUUUAAUGAUAAAUCAAUCUUUCUCUUUGUACACAUCUUCAUUUAUCCUUGGAAAUUCCAUCUCAAAUAAAAUAAAGCGAAAUGCUCAAAUUGCAUGUAAUAACUUCCCCAUCCUAAUCUAGUCGAUAUGAUCAGGGGCGGUUAAAAAGAUUUUUGGCCAAAAAAUUGCAUAUUUAUUUAUUUAAUAACGUGAAGAGUACACGAUAUAUUAGUAAGCAUGCUAUAAAUCGUAUUAAAAUUGCUAGACAAGGUUAUGCAGCAUAAUCUCUAAAAUUCAUUACUAAAAAAUAUAGAUAGUUAUAGGGUUAGCAGCGCAUUCUUGACUAUCUAAAAAUAUUUGGGCAAGAUGCGGCUUAAUUUUUCCAAUUUAUAAAGAAAUUUUCUCAAACUAGAGAAGGGAGUAGGCAUUUUUCCAAGCUAAAAAGAAGCUACCUCCUCAAUUUUUCUAUAUCAAACUUAAGCCUAAUCUGCAAAAAAGAUGACACGGUGCUGAUAAAUACAUCAAAAGUCCUAAAAAUCAAAUCCAUAGACGAAAUAAAAAUAAUGGGAAAUGAAGAAGAUUUUCCUAUUAAUAAAAUAUCACAGAUUUUUAAGGUGUACAAAGAUUUCCCUAGUGAAGAAGAAAUCGAGAUGAAAGAAGGACCGAUUUUUAUAUGUGAUUCUGCUGGGAGAAUAUGGUUUUUUGAUCAGGAAUCUUUACCCAAAUAUGAAGAAGCUAAAGGAGAGCUUUAUAAGGAAAAGUUAAGGUUCCCUAAAUGUGGAGAAAUUUAUAAACCGAUUCCAAAAGAAAUCUCUUUGCAGUUUUCUGAAAAUCGGCCAGGUUUAAAUUUAAGCUUGACAAAAGAUUUUGAUAUUAAGGUCAAUUUUGUUUUUCCUGAGCCUUCAUUGGAGCAAACUCUACUAUCGAAUCCCAAUUAUUAUGAGCUUAUUGAUAAUUUAUGCUGAUAUUUUAAACAGUUAAGAAAAAUUACAGGGCUUAAACAAUGAAAUAUCCCAGUGAAUAUUGACUGGAAUGAUUCAGGAGAAGCGCCAAUAAUAGAAGACAUGGCUGAGUUUUUUAAUAACGAUAUUAAAGAGUGCUUACUCCCCUUUAAAAAUUAGGACAAAAAUUCUUUUCCAAUUUAAAGAGGGGUGGGGUAUUGAUUUUUAAAAAACAUGAAUUUUGAAAAUAUGAAAAAUGUAAAUUGAGCACAAUAAUAUAAAUUGUAAUUUUUUUUCAUGCAGAAAUAAAUAAAAAAUUUAUUGAUUCAGUUUUAAGACUGUUUAAAUAGCAUUCUACUUCUGCUCUUUUAUUAAAUUAGGUCAAAAUUAAUUGUAUAAAAAUUAGUAUUUUAUGGAGAAUUGACCAAAAAAAUCGAUUCAGUGAGAAAACUGCUUAAAUAAUAUUCUACUUAUAUUUUCUAUUAAAUUAAAUCAAAACUAAUUUUAUAAUAAAUAAGUAUUUUCAUUGAUAAAAUUUUCUUAUUGAAAAAAAAUUGUUCGAAUUUAAAGGGGGGUUAAAUCACGAUGUUUUGUUCCAAUUUAAAAGGGGGAACGAGCUAAUAAAUGUAUACGAAGCAAUUAAAAAUGUUUGCGACUACAAUGGAUUUAUUUUUGAUAUUGAAACAUAUGAUCCCAAUGAUAUCCAAAUAAAGCAGAUCUCAAAGCACGAGAUCGCUAAAUUGUUUAGUGAAAAUAUCAAAGAAAUCGUGAUAAAAAUAUCAAAUUCGAUUAAUGAAUGUUCCAUUAAAGAAAACAUGCUAUUUGUUUGUUUGCCAACAUCAAGAAAAUCAGAAAGCAUUAAAGAUAUAUACUCAAAGAGCAGCACUAUGAGAGUAAUAAUAAAGCAUCUGUCUGAAAUAUCACUUUCUCAGCUUCCAGAAAACACUAAAGUCUCUCUACAUAAAGAUGAAUUUUCCUUACAAGACCUUAUCCUUUUUUCACAAGCACCUCGAAUCAGUAAGCAUUUCGAUAUGGUUGGAAAAAUUCUCAAUAUUGAUGUGAUGAUCGAAAUAAAUCAAUACAAGAAUAAUCCGGAUGAAUUAUUAGCAAUUUCUAUUAAUGAAGUUUUAUUAGUUUCUAUUACAGCUGCUGAAAUGGUGAAUAUUCCAUCAAUUUUUGAUCUUUUAGUUAAGCUUAAAGAAAAUACAUGGCAUGAGGUAAAUUUAUUUAAAAUUUUGCCUGCUGAUUUUAAUUCAGUACUUUUUAGCCCUGAAGGAGUUUUAAAUUAUAUUGUUCAUUUUGGAAAAUUAGAUUAUAUAACAGCAACAGGAAUUUGCUAUGAUAACUUACAAGCAUUUUCGGUUGAGCUUACAAAAGACAUUUUUUCGAUAAAAAACCUUCCUGAAAAUUCUUGUAUAUUAAUUGUUUUCUUCGACAAUGGAUUCCCUAUUGAUUCAAAAAUAGUUUAUACAGGCCCACAAAUCCCAAAGCAUUUAAUUGAAUUUUAUGAUUCCAGUAAACAAAAGCAAAAUCAAUACAAACUAUUGAUGCAGGAAAUACCACAAUUUAAGCAUUCUACCAAAACUCCACCAUCUAUCUUCAACUUGUUAAGCAAUAUAAAUAAUGAACAAUUAGAAGAUUAUGACUUAAUCGUUUCCAAUGAUUUUUUUAUUUCAUGCAUUGGAGAAGAAUACUCUUUAGGACAUCAGAACUCUUAUCGCUAUAUCAAAAUUACUCCUGAAAUCUAUUUAAUUAGCAUUAAUUGGACGUCAAAUGAAAAAAGGGUGUUUUAUUUUAUUUCUAAAAAAACUGGAGUUCCUCACUCCCCCCCCCCCUCGAAGUUCGACCAAGAUAUAGGGAAAAUUCCUAUUUUUUUGGAAAAUUAUAUAAAUUUACUAGGAAAAUAAGCAAUUUUUCAAAAAUUUUAAACUAUGUGGGGGUGAGCUUGCGAUUUUUGUAUUCAAGUUCUAAAAAAAGCGUUACAAAACCAUCUUGCACUAUUUUUUCUAACUCUUACACCCUCUCAACCAUACAGAAGAAUAUGAUAAAUAUUUGUUUUUUUAACUACUAAAUUAUAUAAAAUAAUUCUAUAUAAUUUUUUUUAAAAAAAUUUUUCUUAACCCCCUCGAAGUUCGACCAAAAAAAUCUUGGUCGAACUUCGAGGGGGGAGGAGUCAGCCAAUUAUGAAUUUUUCCAAUAAAAACCCAACUGAUAGAGGAUUUCUUACUCAUACCCAAAGCGGAAACGAAAAAGCUAAGCCACUGCUUUUAAACCAUUAUGAAAGCUACUUACAAAUAGAAUUAACAGAAAAGCAGCUCUCUUAUAAGCAUUCAUAUAUUGCUACUUCUUCUGAUGAAAAAUUAAGAGUUAAAAACAAAUCUAAAAAGAAAAAUUUAUUGAUAAAGCUCUGCAAUAAAUCUCCUUCUCACCCGAAAAGCUUGAAAGAUGCUAUCUGCUCUCGAGCUGGCUGUGAACGCUCAGAUUUAUUACUAAUUCGUGCAGACUGUGAUUUGCGUGGAAGCUACAACAUAAAUCAUCUUCAAGGAGUUUUCAAGCACAAGCAGAACCCUGAAGUUGAGUAUGAAGCUACUAUCUAUCCCCAUUCUUCUGACAGCUGCAUUAUAAAGUGGACACCAUUUAGCAAAGGAUUCUACAUUUUUUACUUGAACUCUCACAAGCUAAAAUCAUCUAAGCCAAUAUAUGUAUGCCCAGCAAAAAUUUCUCCAAGUCACUGUAUAGUUGCUAAUGUUGGAGAUAUUUUUCAAAUGGAAAAGCAUAAGGUGUUCGUCAAAGUCUGUGAUGAAUACAAAAACUUUUAUUCUCCAUGCGAUUUUGAAGCUCAUAAAAUACUAGAAAAACCAUUUGAAUUAAAUCCUAACGCUGAAGAAUUUAUCCCUUCCCCAGAGGUUGAUUUAGAAUCUCCAUUACCAUCAAUUAACGCUGAAGUUUUCAAAAACCAUAUGUCUUUAGCUUCUAAUGUACUGAUAUCAGCGACUCUUUUCAAUAAAGCUGGCAAAGAAUACCCUGUAAAGCUGAAAUUUUUGCAAGAAUUAGGCCAAGUUUUGCUUAUAAUUAAAAUCAAAACUUCUACCGACGCAACUUUGAAGGUGUUUAUCAAUAAUAUAGAACUAUCAAAUUCCCCUAUUGAUUUUACUGUAAAGCCUAUGAGAUUUGAGGUGAAAAGGAAAUUAUUUUUUAAAAAAGCGAAAAGACUGCAUGGGUUUUAUGAGAAUCAUAAUGUGGAUGUGGUGAGAACCCAGUUUUUAGAAAGCUUGAGGAAGAAUUUUAAGAUUAAGCAGUGUGUCUUUAUAGUUCCCACUUCCUGAUCACCAUGCGUUCCACGGUUAACUUGAGCCUUAUCCGAAACCUCGGUUUCUCAGAAGAGAUUUUUUCCCUCAUUGGUCCGAAAUAUUUUUCUUUGCCGAAACCUCCAUUUCCAGCCCAAUCAACCAACUUACCCAAACCUGUUUAGAUUAGGUCAGGCUGCCUUGUUACAGAACUCUUUUUCAACUGGAGAGACUAUAGCCCUUGAGAGUCUUGCCUACCCUGUCUUUCCUUUUCCUAUGGCUCAUCACUAAAAAGAAAAAUUCAACUGCUUAUGCAGUCUGGGCAGACCACAAAGCAGCCUAGGCAAGUAAGUCGCCCUGCCUCUAUCAGACACCAACCUGAGCCGAGGUGCAGCUGACUAAAAAGAUGCAAAAAAUGCCGCUUGAGCCAGACCACUAAUCUGCGAAAAAUUACCGGGCCUCUGGCUUCGAAGCUACCCACCCUUGGGCUUUUCUACUACGUCCGGAUAUCAUAGGACACCAGCCACGGGAGGACAGAUAGCUCAUCACCAGCCAUUUUAUGAAUUGAGGAAGAAUUUUAAUGAGGAUGUAGAAACUUUGAGGGGAUAUUUAAAUAUCAAAUUUGAGCAUGAGCCUGGAAUUGAUGGAGGUGGGCUUAGUCGUGAAUUUUUUGACAAAUUAGGUAGAGAAAUUGUGCUUCCUGAGCAUCAUUUAUUCAUUCUUAAUUACGAGAUCAUCAGCUGCUAAGCUGUUACUUGUUAACGCAGUUAUCCAGACCCGAAGGUUCCUCCGCUUUGCGACUUCCGCCUACAGGACUCAAACUUAAUGGAUAGCCUAUUCUGUUGGUCGUCUCCUCCUUGCAAGCUACCACCUUUGCUCCAGUAUUGAGUGGCAGAUUUAGGAAUUCUGCAGCCUUGCUUGAGGCUGUGAGAAACGAGGUUGCCUAUUCCGUUUAUUUGAAAAGUAAAUUUUCUGAUAGGGCUGUCGGCCAAAAGGAAAUCCAAGCCCAGGACGCAACGCCUGGCAUCGCGCUAGGGGAAUUACCCGAUUGAUCAGGAGGAACCUCCUGAUGCUGCUGAGCUUCCCCUUUCCAACUUGGAAGACCCUUUUUUCUGAGGUAAAACCCUUGGUGUCAAAAUGAGCUGCAGUCGACCAAAUUCGACGUUGCGCUCCAUGUGCCAAGGUAAAACCCAGCCGAAUACACAUCCGAGCGCCUUUUCCCCUUCCACAAGGUCCCCGGGUAACCCGGCUGCAGGUGUUGAGGAAAAGGGCUGGCUUUCCAGUCGCCAUUUUAAUGUAUUCAUUUAUUCAUUCAGGUUGGCGAUUUCUUCAAAAUCAACCCCCUUUCAAGCCAAAACCCUAACCACUUAGAAUUAUUCCAUGUCCUCGGGGCUUAUUUUGCCAAAGCCAUUCUCCACAAAUAUCUACUAGAAAUAAAUUUCGCUCCUUCUAUAUAUAAGCAGCUUUUAGGCCGUGGACUUAUCCCAGAAGAUUUAAAAGACGAUGACCCAAUCUUCUAUAACUCCUUAAAAGAAAUCCUUACCAUGGACCCUGCCUUACUUGAAUACUCAGAACUUACCUUUGUAGUGACAUCAGAAGACAAACAAAUAGUUGAGCUAAUCCCGAAUGGUGCAGAAAUAAAAGUGACUGCAGAAAACAGGCAGCAAUAUUUUGAAACUCGAGCCCUUUGGCAUUUAUAUGGAUCAGUAGCUUUCCAAAUGGAGUCUUUUACCACAUCUUUUCAAGAUGUAAUUACGCUGGAUUUGCUAUCAUUCUUAAACCCUGAAGACUUGCAAAUCCUUUUUAAUGGAAGCUCGACUUAUAAUUUGUCGUUUAUUAAGAAAAGGACUUCGCAUUAUGGGCCUGGGCUGUCAUCACAAGUUGUGCAAUGGCUGUGGACUUGGCUGGAAAAUUCUAAUGAAGAGAUAUUGAAGGCAUUUUUGAGGUUUGUGACUGGGUCUAGCAGAAUUCCUUAUAAGCAAAGAAAUUGGGGCAUUGUGCUUUCCCCACAGCUGGAAAAUGGAAUUUUGCCAACAGCAUCAACAUGCGGAAGCACGAUUUAUAUCCCAAAUUAUAAAUCAUAUAAAGAGUUUUCGAAGUUUAUGACAAUUGCAGUGCUGGAAGGAAGUGAAGGUUAUGGAACUCAUUAA